CAUAACUUUUUUUUAUUCUUUUAAACGAAGUACGGAGGUGGAACGUAAGUGAAGGCAAUUUAUCAGUGUAGUAAUAUAUCCAUGACAAUGUCGAACUCAAGCUAUUGUUGUGAGUAAUGAAGUAUUUAUGAGGAACUCGAAUGAACGAUAAUAUGUGUUAUAGGAAGUAGUAAGAAGUCAGAAGAAGACAGCCGGAACUGCCCACAGGCAAGAGUGUCUCACUUCAAUACUUUUCAAUAAUGUUUUUCGUUUCCUUUAUCACGUGUGUCUACGUAUUUCAAGUUAGUGAUAUAACUGAAUGUGUAGUGUGUGUGUAUGUCAGUGCUCACAAAUGGAAAUAAAAUUAUGUUGAUUUCAAUACUUGUCCUUUAAGUAAAUUAAAUUUGCUUACUUUUGUCAUAUAUCAUGGUUCGGCAAAGGUUUCCAACCAUUAAUGGUGUUAGAAGUGGUAAGCAUUUUAUAUUAACUCUCAUUACUGGCAUUGUUUUUGGAUUUAUCUCAGCGUGCUUUUUAAUAACAUCUACAAGAAAUGUGCCAUAUAUAUUUAAUUGGUUUUCUAGUGGUUUUAUGCUUUCAAGAGAUCCACAUCAUUAUUCGGAAUUCGAAUCAGAGGUCGGACCUGAAGUAGAAGUAAAAUUUCAUAGUAGAGAUGAAGAUUUUCAUAAAGAUGAAGAUAAAGUUGCACAAGAACUUGCAAAAAAAGUACGUGUUCUCUGUUGGAUUAUGACUGGUCCUGCAAAUCACAAGAGCAAAGCACAACAUGUAAAAGCAACAUGGGGAAAACGUUGUAAUAUUCUUUUAUUUAUGAGCUCUGCAGAAGAUGCUAAUUUACCUACAGUUGUUUUGCCAGUAAAAGAAGGGAGAGAUAACUUGUGGGCAAAAACCAAAGAAGCUUUUAAAUAUGCUUAUGAAAAGUACAAAGAUGAAGUUGAUUGGUUUAUGAAGGCUGAUGAUGAUACGUAUGUGGUGGUAGAGAAUUUACGAUAUAUGUUGUCGUCUUAUGACUCAAAUUCGCCAUUAUAUUUUGGCUGUAGAUUUAAACCGUUCGUAAAACAAGGAUAUAUGAGUGGUGGUGCAGGAUAUGUACUUAGCAAGGAGGCUUUACGAAAAUUUGUGGAAGAAGCUUUACCUGAUAGAACAAAGUGUCGUUCAGAUAAUGGAGGUGCAGAAGAUGUGGAAAUGGGAAAGUGCCUAGAAAAAGUAAAUGUCAAAGCUAUGGACACUCGAGAUCCACAUGGCCGUGGAAGAUUUUUUCCUUUUGUACCAGAACAUCAUUUAAUUCCUAAUCAUGUAGAUAAAAAUUUCUGGUACUGGAAGUAUAUUUAUUAUGAUACCAAAGAUGGUCUUAAUUGUUGUUCUGAUAGCGCGAUUUCGUUUCAUUAUGUAUUACCUAAUAUGAUGUAUGUUCUUGAAUAUUUAAUUUAUCACUUAAGGCCAUAUGGUAUUACGCACGGCGUAGAAAAAAUUACUAUGGAUCAGUCAACCACCAUAUCGACUGAGUACUAGUCUAUAUACUAUUCUUAAUUGGA